UGACACUGUACUAAUUGUUAGUCUGGCCCAUGGCGGUAUUUUUAUUUUUUUACUCAACGAAGUCACUUCUGAUUACAUGUCAUUGAGGAUGGAAAGAAAAGGCAUUGUAACAUCAGCACUAGACACCUUUUUGAAGAUACAUCUACCGCAAUCCUCAAUUGGUGCAAUUGAUGAUGACAUAGUUCUCAACUACCUGGUGGGUGUUCUCAAAGAGGUUGGGAACGAAGAUGAAUUUGAUGUGGAAGACUUUGCUGAGAUGAUGGAGGCCUAUAUCCCUAGCUUCAGAGACAUCGGAAGUGAUGCAAUUUAUGAGUGGAUCUUUCAGCUGUCUGCAGAGGUCUUGUUGACGGCUUGCACAGAAGGAACUCCACCAACAUCACCGUCAUCAGUAGAAGAGUUCAUGACAACAAAAGAAGCACUGAUACCCCCCGAGGAAGAUAUUGAGCUUCCCUACUCUUUGCCGUCAGAGGCCUCCAGUAAACAGGGGGAGGGCAGUAGCAGUGAUGUAAACAAGAGAGGGAAAAAGAGAGAGACCUGGAAGUCAGCAACUGCCAUGCCACCAUCCAGAAACAUGGACGACAAGAUCAAGUUGUUGGCCGACAUGUUUCCAGAUGCAUGCAAGAUGAGAGUGAAGCGAUGUUUAUCGGACGUGAGUGGUGACGUGGAGCAGGCUGUGCAGGUCUUGCUUCACCAGGAGAGACCCAAGAUGAGGGGUGGAUCUCGUACAACUGCCAAUAAAAUUGGCAAGCAAGAAUCCAUGACUUCAGACUGUGAAGAGACCAUCCAGCAGCUAAGGGAGAUGUUCCCCAGCUCCACUGAGCUACAGGCCAGGCAGUGUCUGUCCAUCGCCAAAGGGGACCUGGAGCAAGCCUCACAGGUCUUGCUCAACCUACAGGAGUCUGGCAAACUCGAGGACCAAAGCAGUAUAACCCCAGUGGUAGUCCAGAAGUCAUGUGUGAGAAAUGAGACAAAUUUAAAGGAAUCUGUGUUGGAGAAAUAUGGAUACGUUGACACAGACGAGGAUAGCAAGAAUCAUAGGCCCAUGGAACCCAAAAAGGAGAAAAAGAAGAUGGUGCGCUACAUUAACAGCCAGACGGUGACAACAAAAGGAGAGAGGUUCAUUGAGACCAAAAAACCAGAAUCGGACGAGAUGAAGAAGACGUACUGCAACUUAAAACCGGCAAGGAAGUAUCAUUUCCACUGAAAAAUAUUCAAUUUAAUGUAUUCUAGAAACGAAAUUUUUGUGAUACUUUAGAGAAAAGUGCAGAGCAAAGUUAAGCGCUGCUUCAGAAACGUUCAUUUUCUGUCAUCAGUUAUAUCUCUGCACUUAAUAGACAGCCAUUUGCAAAAGUUUAAGACCACCUUGAAUUUUAUGGGUAUUUCUGUCACUGGGCAUGUAGUCAAAUGUAGUCAAAUAGCUGUUCAACCAAAUACUAGAGUUACACAUUAAAAAUAAGCAUAAGUUGUCAUAACUGAUUAAAGUUUGGUUUUUCUUCAGGUUAAUGCAUUUUGUAUGUUUGGUCCUAAACCUUUGCAAAUGACUAUAUUUGAAAGUGACCAGUGACCCUGUGCAAUCUUGUACAAGAAGUACAAGUGAUUUUUUGCAGUUUUUCGUGUGUUUUCUCCCAGAAACUUGUCUGAAAUCAUUACGCGUGCAGUAGUGAGGCCCCUACUGUGUUUUUCGCUGAGAUGGAACGGAUUGUAAAAAUUAUGUAUUAAGAUUAAUAUCAGUAAUAUGUUCACAUGCAAGACGUUUGUGGUUGCGUCAGAGUUGAAUUCAAUCGUAAACCCAAGACUGUUUCAUCAACGGAAGAAAUGCAGAGAUUGUCAAACGACAGCGCUCACGUUAAUCUUUCACGUGGAGGUGUCACAGACAGUCCCGACCAACGCAAACGACUUCUGAUUCAAUCUGUGAAUACAAUGUUAGAGCUGGUUCGACAGUACCUGUGUUCUGUUUGCAUAUGUACAUGUACUAUGUACAUGCGGUAACGACAUUUCUGGUUGAUAGCUAAACAGGUUGCUGUCGGAGAAACGCCCACACAGAAAAUGUGAAAACCGUCAGCAUGGCUGAUUCCUAAACGACUCUUGGGCCGGACACCAAGCCACUUCUAAAGACUUGGUUUGUUGGCUUUUAUGGUUGUCCUUUUAAUAAAUUUGGAGGUCUGUAGGCAAAGAGACUAAAAAUUCGUUUUCUCAAAUGAAGUCAAAGGACUAGUCUUGCCAUUACAGAAAGCAUCUCAGACCUCGCUGAAAAAGGUCGCCCAAGCCACACCCUCUGCACCCACUGCAUGUCCCCCGUUAAAGGCUGCAUAGAACUAAGACUCAUCCUAGUUUUUUUAUUGUGAAUUUAGUGUACAAUAGAGUUUCACGUUUACACGCAACCUCGCUAUUUUCUCUAUGUAAAAAUGGCAGAGACUACCAAAACCCGACACAGGACUGGAAGUUCUAUCAAUAGAUCAAGCCACGUUCCAGGCAAAUCCCCCAGUUCCUCCAAGCCUGAUUGGCCCUCCAAGCAUGUCAUUUCGACCGUGUUGACUGAGUCUACCCUGCUGUGUAACGAGUUGAAAUUCCCAGGCCGAGCCUGCAAACGGCACCUAACAGGGCUUCUCACCGGCAGGUUCCGCACACCUUCGGUAGCAUACGUGAGCACAUGUCCGCAGCGGAGUCCAACGUCCAGGUGUGUGUGGAACAGUGGGGCCCGGCACUCGAUGCAGCACAGUCAUGUGAACGUCCGGCCACCCCCGCUCGGUCACAGAGGCCCGGGGCACCACCACCGCCUCAAGUCGGCUGCACAUUUUCAGCCGCAUGGACGACAAUCUUUUUAUUGCAGCAGUGUUGUAGUCGAGACCUUUAUGUCCGAGACCAAGACCAAGGUAUUCGAGACCGAGACCAAGACCGAGACCAGCUCUUUCAAGACCGAGACCAGAACUUCGAGACCAAGAUGACCUAGACCUUGCACAACAUAUACAAUAUAUAGGCCUACAUGUAGUUCAUUAAUGGUAAACGUGGUGGGCAAUUGGCAUUAAACAGCAAAAUUAAGUGCAAAUUUUACAUGUAAAGCACACAACAUAUUCAAUAUUCCAUGAAAGAGUUUUAUUUGAACUCUGGGAAAAAACAGCACACAGUUAUUUUGACCAUGAAAGCAUGGACUGCCGAUGCUAUAGAAUUUUGUAUAGAGUAUACGGCAUAAUCGUACAUUAAACAUGUACAUGUACAGAGUUUUUGUGUUCCAUAUGUACAUGCACAGCAAAAUUAAUGUGGGCGGGCCAUAUUCAAAUGUUUAAACCGGCAAAACGUGGGGUUUGAGUUGCUCGGACUAUGCCAAAAGGUGUGUGUGAGUUCAGUUUAUGAGUUAUACUCUGUAAUGAUCAAUGGACAGGUUAGAAGGGUCACACAACAUAGUGGGCAGUUCUCUAUUAAAAGUACAUGUACAUGUAUAUAAAAAUCAUGAUUUUACCAAUCCAAGUUUCCUCACUGAUGUGUAAACAUUCUACCGUAAGAAUACUUUCCUGACACUUUGUUUGGAACAAGAGUGAAGAAAAACAAAAGACGACCACAAUUUAAGUUUCUAACAAAGAAUUGUACUAUCCAGGUAGUACCUGACUCACCAACUGUGUAAAAGGGUCAUUAAGAUGAAUGCACUCUCCUCUAUUUGAAGCAUGACACAUUUUGAUUACACUUAAGAAACAUGAGGAUUUCCAGCAUUUUAGCUGAAAUUCGGGCUCUGUGGGGGCGCAUUAUGAUUCCACCUGUGCUAAACACACGCUCUACUAGAGCACUUGAAGCUGGUACUGACAAAAGCGACAGUGCGAGGUUGCUCAGUGAGGGAUACUUGCUGUGAUGCUGCUGCCAAAAUUUAAGAGGACUGUCUUCAAUGUCAGUUUCCUGGACUUGUUGCAAGUACCGGAGCAGUUGCAUUCUACAUGUUGUAGGAUCGCCACUCUUGUUCCUGUUGCGCAGUUUCUUGUACUUUGCCAAGAGUCGUGGAAUUUUGGCAGGUACUAUACAUUCGUCUUCACUGCUUGCUGCCGACGGGUACGUGAUUUUGCCGCGGCUGAGCGUGAAUUGUUGACGCACAUUGUCUGCAUUUCUGUCAUGGUCUCGGCAGGUCUCGGGUGGGAGACCUGAGACCUCGGCAUCCGAGACCAAGACCGAGACCAGUCCUCCCGAGACCAACCCUCUCGAGACCGAGACUCUUGUAGGCCGAGACCAAGACCGAGACCUCAAAAAAAGGUCUCGAGACGGUCUCGAGACCUCCAACACUGUAUUGCAGAGACAGGUUAGACGCAGCAGCUUCAACUUCGUUCUCAUCCAAGUGCUUGGUCUUACUCUUCAAACGACUCUAGCCCGUCAGCACUACGAGCAUCCAGAUUUUUCAGCAUUGUUUCCCAAGAACUACAUCGUUUUCUCGUUUUCUCCAGCAGAUGCCUUCACCCUUUGCAAAUAGCCCACGAUGUAACUGUCUCUCCGAAUCGUGGAACCAUUUCUCGGCAUCGUUCUGCCGCAUGCCAUACUAUGCUACCCGUCCCAGCAGUAGGCCUACCCCCGCACAGGACUUCAGCGCUGUGUUCGCACCCGUUCACGGCCUCGCUCCCACUCGUUGGAUCAUGGUCGAAUCGACAUCCGUUCCCCCCGUUGACACUUAGGGGUAGGUGGUUGGAGCCCUUUCUCCUGUCAUUUAUAUGCUGAUCGAGAUGGCCUCCUUUUUCCUUAGCUGGCUAAUCUAUCACUUACAGUGAUGACAGAAGUACAUGUAGGUAAAUUUCAAUCAUGCCAGCUUCUUUUUCGCACUCUUUUUGGUGAGUUCCACCAAUGGAACUGCUAGUGUAGCAUAGUGUGGUACAAAUUUCCUGUAGUACCCUGAUAGGCCCAGAAAUGCUCUGACCUGUGUUUUGGUCACAGGCCUGGGAAAAUUUACCAAUCCUAUCUUAUUUGUCAGUGGCUGUAUGACACCACCACCAAUGAUAUGACCCAAAGAUACAACCUUUGGAUAAGCCAUUUUACAUUUGAGUGGUUUAGCUGUUAAGCCUGCUUCUGCUAAUCUGCACAACACUUCUCUUAAAUGGAACAUAUGCUCCUCCCAUGUGCGACUGUAAACACUGAUGUCAUCGAUGUAUGCCUUGGCAUAUCCUUGGCAACCAGCAAGAACGGUAUCCAUCAAUCUUUGAAAUGUACUGCUACUGUUCUGCAUACCAAAGGGCAACACAUUGUAACAAAAUUGAACGAAAGGUGUCACAAAGGAUGAUUUCUCUUUCGUUUUUUCAUCCAAUGGAACCUGAUAGAAGGCCUUUGUCAAGUCGAUAGUGGAUAUGAAUUUUGCACCCGCUACAUCCUACAGAAUUUCAUCAAUUCUAGGCAUCUCAUACACUGUACGUGUCAAAAUCCGUAACUUUGUUCAGCGACCUGAAAUCUGUGACAACUCGAAUCUGCUUAUCAGUUUUUCGUGGAGCAAUAAUUGGUGAUGCGUAAGAACUAGAAAUUGGUUCAAUUAUUCCCAUAUCUAGCAUACUCUGAAGUUCAUUUUGAACUUUAUCUUUGAGUGCUUACGGAGUAUGAUACACUCUGUGUCUUCUCGGUUGUGGCCCUUGUGGUUUGAUUUCACUUUUUACUAAAUAUGUUCUCCCUGGAACAUCUGAGAAUACACUACUGUACGACUUAAGUAAAGAUAACACUUCUUCUCUUUGGGCAGGUGUCAAUGAGUCAGCAAUAGACACAUCUUGCCAUGUCUGGGUUUGAUAGUAACUCAACCCUAUAUCCAUACUUCCGUCUAUGUCAUCCUUUUGCUCAAUUACAUCAUUGUUGUCAUGAACAGAGAAAGAGUCAAUCUCAGCAAUAAUACGGUGGCAUUCUGCCAUUCGUUUCUCAUGAUCUUUAUCAUACCACAGCUUCAUCACGGAUGAUUCGUUCUGACUUGCGUUUGUUAGGCAGUUUGACUUCGUAAUUUGUCUCAUUAACUCUCCUCAAAAUCACGAAUGGACCCUGCCAUUUGCUCUCAAGCUUGGAUUUUCCCAUCGGUAGGAACAAUAGCGCUUUAUCCCUUGGUUCAAAUAUCCUUGGGGAAGCAUUUUUGUCUAGUAUUCCUUCAUUUUACUCCGACUUUUUUUACAUUUUCUGUAGCUUUAGCCAUCAACUUGUUCAUCUUGUGCUUGAUAUCUAUCAUGGACUGAACUACAUGUACAUGUAUGUCUAGGGAUGGGUCAUCAUCUGUUGUCCACUGCUCUGUAAUCAAAGUCAGUGGACCCCUCACUUUUCUCCCAUAUAACAACUCAAAUGGGGAGUACCCAGUAGCCUUACUAGGUACUUCUCUGUAUGCAAACAGAAAUGGGGGAUGUAUUCAUCCCAUCUUUUCAUUUGUUUGUCAUCUAGGGUUUUGAUCAUGUUCUUUAACGUGCCAUGAAAGCGUUCAGUCAAACUAUUGGUUUGUGGAUGGUAUGGUGUUGUAGGGAUUUGUUGUAUCCCUAGACUCUUGCACAUAUUUUUCAUGAUCUGAGACAUGAAGUUUGUACCUUGGUCAUGCACAAUUUCCUUUGGCAAUCCCACUCUUGAAAAUACUUGGAUCAGGGCAUUUGCUACCGUGUCAGCCCGAAUAUUUGGUAAAGGGAUAGCCUCGGGAUAUAAUGUCGCAUAAUCAGAAAUUGUCAACAGGUUACUAUUCCUUUUUAUGGAUCUUGGGAAAGGACCUACAAUGUCAAUUCCUAUCCUCUUGAAUAGAGUCUGAAUGAUGGCAGAUUGCACAGUGGGUGUUUACGAGGACUUUUUGUCUUAUCAGUGAAUUGGCAAACUUGACAGCUGCGACAGUAGUCGGCAACUUGUUUGAAUAUACCUGGCCAGUAAAAAUGUGAGAGUACCCUAUCUUUGGUUUUGGAUACCCCCAAAUGGCCUGCUAGAAUAGCAUCAUGUGCCAGCUGAAGUACUUCUAGCCUACACUUUUGCGGAAGCACUAUCUGAUGCACAAUAUCACUUGGAUAAGAUUUCCUCUCCCAUUUGCGCAUGAUCAAUCCAUCCCUAUCAUAAAAGCACACCCCAUGUUUUUCCACCUCACUCAUAGGAACUAGCCUGUCCCUAAUGCCUUGCAAACUCUCAUCACUGUGUUGCAAGUUGAUUAAGGCUGUUCUGCCAAACUGGAGAGUUUCUUAAGGUUUCGUCAUCUGUGUACUCAACUGUUGAUGUGUUUAUAUUGCCAUUCAAGGUUUUACUCUUACUAUUUGCACUUGAAGACGAUCUAUGCUUACCCAGUUUAUCUACCUGUACAUCACCAACAUCAUUACCAUCUGUACUGUGUACUUCACCAGCGAUCUGUUGUACUUCAAUAUCACUGGACAUUAAUUCAUAUUCUCCUGCCACUUAAUCUUCUAACUCUGUCUGAGCCUGUGCUCUGGUCAAAACACGCAUUUCUUUAGCUAGGAUUUCUCCACAACUUUCAUCGAGAUCAUGUCCUAACAAGACAUCUCUCUCCAGCCCGCCAAGAGCUGCAACUACUACUUUUCCUGAAACUAUGGAACAUUUCAGGUCUACUAAGGCUAAAGGUGCAGUCACUUGUCCUCCUACUCCACGGAGUGUGACAUGCCUACCUGGCAUAUAACACUUGGCUGGUACUAACGUCGCCUUAACUGCUGUUUGUGUGCAAGCCAAAUCUCGCAAUAUUCGGACCUGCUCGCCUUCCACAGUACCGUCAAGCAUACACUUUUGAAUUUGAAUUUCCACGGGGUCAUUUACCGCUGUUCGAACCCCUGGAACUACACGUACUUCAUAUCUGUAUUCGCCCCUUUAGUCAGUGACUUGUUUUGGCGAAACUUAAGGUUUUCUGUUCUGGAUGCUGUUUCCUCUACUUGCGUCAGACUACUACUACUACCCUGAUUGGCUUGCGACCUUAAAGGGCAAAAGGGACUUAUAUGUCCAUAUUCAUGACAGUGAUAGCACUGCCUCUCACUAAGUGGAAUAUACUUGGAUCCCGCACAACCAUUACUCCCUUGCAUAUAACCUCUUUUGUUUUUGUGGGUACUGGGUCCAUCAGUAUCAGUACCACCAACUUUUAUGCCAUCUACUGAAGUCAUUCCUGAUUGCUCACUGGAAUUUUACUUCUUACUACUUCCAAAGUCACUCUUGUGACCAGAAUAGUGAUUUCUAGAUCGCCACAUACUUUUUGACAAAUCGGCUUUAUGCGAGUGUUCUGAACCCCCCCUGUUAGCUACAUAGGCAUCUGCCAUGCCUGAUAAUUCCUUGCAAGUUUUAGGGUUUUUAUCCCUAAGAUAGAGUCUAAGGUCACAAGGCAGUUUGUUGAGUGCCUGUUCCAUGACCAUUAAAUCAAUAAUAUCUAAUGGGUUGGAACCAUCGAUCUCAGCGAACUUCAACCAAUUUGUGAAUUGAUGGGAAAGUUCAUUGACCCAGUCGCGAACAGUUUCCAUGCCCUAUCAUGCACGCUGACGGAAAUUUGUGCGAUAUGUUUUGGCUUUGAUCUCAUAUCUAUCCAAAAUAGCCUUCUUAAGGACAUGAUAAUCAACUGCUUCAUCUGCAGGUAAUGCCGCAUAUGCCUCUCUAGCUUUCCCUGUUAAUUCGGGUACCAACCUCGCCGACCACUGUGCAUCAGGCCAGCCAUUCAUGUGGGCAAGGUUCUCAAAUGCCUUGAGAUAAACAUCAAUGUCGUCAGAGUCUCUCAAUUUUGGGACCCUAAUCUUGUCAGAGCUACAAUGUCCCUGGAACCCAGGUGUGCCAAUGUUUGGUGGCAUUUGAGCUUGUGCAUGUGCCAAUUCCAUUUGCUUCGUUUGAAUACUGAGACUGUAUAUGAAGAUAUUCCAGCCACAUUUCUGGUGGGAGACCAUCUGGAAUACCAGCUGAUGUAAUUCCACUCAAUACAAUCUGAUCAUUUUCAACUGGGCUGUACUACUUGGCCUUGAACUCGCCCCAGGUUGUUGUUGAUCACUGGGAAUUUCACUUUGAUUAGUUUCCAUGGUAUGUGCCUUGGUGGACGAACGAAGCUGGGGCAUGCUGAAGAUCAUGAACUGUACUACUAAGAUUUAUGAAACAACUUUGAUAGAAGCAACUACACUUAACUUCUUACGCAAUGUUAGAUUACUUACACAUGUCACAUGUAUCUCAAAAUUUCAAGACUUGUUCUCAUAUAUUCAAUACAUCAUACUCACCAUACCCAAAUACAUCAGAACUCAGUGGUCAACUUCAGCAUGCUCGGCUGCCAUCCGUCCUCCUCAGCACUCCAUCUUUAGAUUCUGCGGGAUCACAAUUUUUGUCAUCUCUGCUGGCAGACAUGCCUUCUUCGUCUCCGUCUUCAACCACAGCUCCCCCGUCAGACGGCUCACUCCCUGGCUUGGCGUCCACUAAUGGAACAACUCUGGCAUCAUCAGUAGCAUCCGUGCUGUACGCUUCACCAUCACCAUCUCAACCAUCACAGACAUCAGGCUGAGUACGGUGCUCAAAGUUUAUAGCAGAAGACUGCAAAAGACUCGUUCACCACACAGUGCUAUGAAUGUGUCCAUUUCUCAGUCUUGUCUUAGCUCAGACAACCGGUUGAGCAUUUCUUCAGUGGUGGCUGUGAUUAUCUGACUGACUCUUUACCGCUGCCACAAUGUAAUGUAGUUUCAUCUUCUUUACGACGAAACCGUUGUACUUCUGACGAACUCACACGAUCAAGCAUUUCUGCUAAUCUACAUGUAUACUUAUUUAUUUCUACAGUAGUGCUAGCAGAUGUGAUACAUAGCAAGUCAAAAUCUCGAAGACCCUCUUCCCCACUCUCUCCUCCUUUUUAUAACCCAUCUUAUUCCCAUCCAAUUUCUAAGAAAAUAUCUGUGCACUUCCAGAAGGUUAGUGUGGUCAGUCCAGGAGGUUAGUGUGGUCAGCCCCGACCACUUCCAGUCCCUUAGAUUUCAUUUUUACGACCUUCUCAUGAGCCCAGUUUGCUCCUUAAUUGAUCACGACCUUCCCCUACAUACUUGUGGUUCCUUACUCAGAAUUGCUUCAUGACAGUCCGAUACACUACAUGUACAUGCAUGUACAGUCUCAAGACUACUUCAGGUUUGGAAGAUUAUUUAAUGUUCUCCAGCUGCAAUAAUUCUAAUUCCACAGAAGCUGUUGUCAUUAGUCACCUUUGCCCUUUAGAGCUUCAGUCUAUAUGGACUCACAUACUCAAAUUUAACUGGCAGCACUGUGUUUUCCUACUCUGUGGUGUCACAUUUUGGUUUGAUUUGGACCCUCCGGUUCAAGGCUUCGGGCAGGGUUCCUGUGUUCAUUCGGUGACUUGACAUGUGGAGACCAUUCGUAGUAUAUUUGGUUGCACCUUUUUCAGUGUGUUCCAUGCACAAUCUUUAGGUGCCUUCCAUACA